UAGCUUUGACAUUUAACUUUCUCCACAUCAGUGUUUUUAGAUUUUAGUAAAUAAUACAUAUUUUGUAACAAAAGAAAAUUCUUAAUUCGGUAUUCGGUAUAAGUUUAAUGAAAACCAAACGUUUGCAAAUUCCACCUCAAUUAGUGUUAUACAAAGUGUAAACGAAGUAUAAUGGCAAACUUAUCCACUUCACCAUGGGAAGAAGUGAGAAAGCAGGCACGUCAUCUUGAGAACGAUAUUGACGUCAAAUUGGUCGCAUUUAGUAAAUUGGGAGUAAGCUCCGGCGCAUCUAGUUUGAGUUCAGAAAAUGUGCCACUCAUUAAUAGUGAUGAGAUGUUUGAAACUUUGUCAAUGGAACUGCAGCAAUUGCUUACAAAGUUGUCUGCCAUCAAUGACAAAAUGGCUGAUCUAGCCCCAACUGGUACUGCCACCUUACACACUCUCAAAAGACAUAGAGAGAUUUUAAUGGACUAUCAACAGGAAUUCCAAAGAACAUCAGCUCGAGUAAAUGCACGGCGAGAGAGGGAAGAACUCCUGAGAGGUGGAAGCCCCCCACCUGGUGCAUCGGCAGGCCUCAGCCGACGAGAUCAAUAUGCCAAAGAAGCUAAUCACUUGCACAGUUCUCACAUAUUAGUGGAUGAGCAGAUAAACAUAGCAAUGGAAGCUCGUGAGCAUCUAACAUCACAGAGACAAGCCUUCAAAAGAAUGCAGACAAGAUUUAAUGAUAUCACAAACAGAUUUCCAAUGUUAAACAGCCUGAUAUACCGGAUCAACGCGCGCAAACGGCGCGACUCACUCAUAUUGGGGAUAGUCGUAGCUGUCUGUACAUUCCUGUUGUUGUUCUACGCGUUCCAUUAAUAUAAUCCGAAAUUAUAAGUGAUAAUAGUUUUUAAGGUACUCUAAAAUAUUUAAAUAUGUUAUACUUACUUAUUUUGUUACUUGUGUCUUAAUUUUGACCAUUACAAAUGUUUUAAUACACACUAGUAAAUCGUUAUCUGAGUUAGCGUGAUUUCAGAUAACUACAAGUACCAAAACAAUGGAGUAAAGUACUUUAUAGAUUAAUAAUAUAACUGAUUGUUGAGUGUGUGACUUUUACAAAAUCAUCAAAACGUGUGGUAUUUACAGUUACAGCUGUUGUGAGACUUAGCACAUUGAAUGAAAUAGGCAAUAAGAGAUUGUUUAUUUAAUUUCAGACACAUGUAAUAUUCUAUAACUUUUAUGAAGAGAAAUAAUUUAAAGAAACUUUUAUUUGUUAAACAGUGAUUGUUAGGGU